ACUCCACACACUCUCACACGUUCACCAUUUAAGCCAUCUUACUAAUUAAAUCACUAAUUAUACUUCUACUCAACACUAUAAAUACAUAUACAGUCGUAUCGAUUUCUCUGUCAUCCACACUUUCUCGCUCCCUCGCUCCUCUCUCCACUUUCCGACUCACUCCAAAGCGAUGAACAUCGACCUCUCUGAAGAAUUCUCCGCCUCCAACGAUCACACCGUCUUCAAACGAAAGCGCACCAAGCGCCACCUCCCCUCCGCCAUCGCUGACGUCGAUUCAAAUUCAUCUCCCUCCAGCACUGAAAUAUCAACAAACACAGAAGAAGACGAAGACCUCGCCAAUUGCCUCAUCCUCCUCGCCCGCGGCCGCCUCCGCCCCCAAUCCACCCGCCGGAAAUUCGCCGAAGACGCCUACGAGUGCAAGACCUGCAGCCGCACUUUCUCCUCCUUUCAAGCAUUAGGCGGCCACCGCACCAGCCACAAAAAACCUAAUUCCGCCGUAGAAUUCGAUCGUAAAAUUAGGUCACCGCCGCCGCCGGAGGAAGCGAAAUUCGGUAAAUUCAACGCGAUUGUUAACACUCCGCCGCCUCCAAUAAAGCUGCAGCUGAAUAAAGUCCACGAGUGCUCGAUCUGCGGAUCGGAAUUCGCGUCGGGGCAGGCGCUGGGCGGCCACAUGAGACGACACCGUUCUCCGCCGUCGGCGAGAAGUGGCGAUGAUUCUAAUUCUGGCGAUCACGAUCAUCGACAUCGGAAUGUGAUGAUUCAAUCGUUGGAUCUCAACUUGCCGGCGCCGCCGGAGGAGUUCUCGAAGCCGCGGCUGGUGUUCGCGGCGGUGGUGGAUUGCCACUACUGAGGGAGGGUUGACUAUGUCCGUCAAUUAAUGUGAAUAAUUUAUUUAUAAUUUUUUAAAAUUUGGAUAGUGUUAUGAAAUUAUAAGUGGCAUUUUAAAUUUUUAAUCAACGCUUGAUGUUGAUGAUCAUCAAUUCUUUGAAUCGAGCCAAAUAUUUAAUUUGGUUUUUACGUUUGGAAUUGAAAUAGUAUAUUGGAGUGAUCAAGUGGUCACAAUUCAUGGUUGCCUUUCA